AUGUUGUUUCAUAUGUAAGUCGGUAGGGUGGGUAGUACGAUAGUUAGGGUAAGCUAAAGUAUCUUAUGCUUGGGUAUCAAAGGGCAGAAAAGGGUAAAGCAGAGUAAAUUAUGUUUGGGUAUGGAUGGUUAGGGUAAAGUAAGGUAGAAUAGAGUAGGGUACGGUAGAGUAGGGUAAGGUAGGGUUGGGUAGGAUAGAGUAUAGUAGGGUAAAGCAAGGUUGAACAGCCUAGGAUAAGGUAUGUUGCGUUACUUUGACUUCUUCAUGCCAAUUCUUUUAGUACCUCAACUCUAACUACAACAAUAACGAACAUUCUCAUUCGAAUUACAGCCGUACUAUGGUGUUGUACGAUAGUAAUGCAAGUUAUCACUGUUGUAGAGCGACACUUGGCCAUAUGUCAUGGGUUUUUACACAUGGUUACGUCUACUGUAAUAUGGGUUAAAAUCAUCAUUUUGGGUACUAUUCUCUUCUCUAUCUUGUUUAUACGUGGGUUUUUUAUAUUGAUAUGGGCAUCUAGAGUUUCUAGGCUUAAGAUUCUAGCACUUUUACAGAAGAAAUUUGAAUUUUUGAAAUCCCGCCAAAAUUUGGCAUUGUGUUUUAAGCUAAAAUUUAAUGAUAAAAUAAUUUUUUUUGUUAUUUACAUGUAAAAUACGGACUAAGCAUUUUGAAAAAAGACAUUUUCAGAAGGAUUCUGGCUUAUGACCCAAUGUUCUGGUCAUUUUUUGAUAGAUCACAUUGUAUUCACACUUGAAGGUGAUCAAUGUCAAAUUAAUGUUAAUCGAGUAGCUGCCACAACAUUUAUGACUGUUACAUUGGUUGUGACCUUUACUUUGGAUGCUAUGACUUAUAGGAAGAUUAAACGUAUGACUGUGGUAGGUCAUCACUACUAGCUUCUAGGCUUAGGAUUCUAAAUUAGACUCAGGUUUCUAGACUUAGGUUUCUAGGCUUGGGCUUCUAGGCUUAGGCUUCUAGGCUAGGGAUUCUAGUCUUAGGUUUCUAGGCUUGGGCUUCUAGGCUUAGGCUUCUAGGCUCAGGCUUCUAGGCUUAGGCUUCUAGGCUUAGGCUUCUAGGCUUACGCUUCUAGGCUUCGGCUUCUAUGCUUAACUGUUAGGCUUGUAUUGUUGCCAAGUUCACAUAGUUACCUUUAGAAGUUAACCCGCCAAUCCUCAUUUACAAAGUAUCAACGAGAAUCUCGUCAACGUUGUCAAGAUUACGUUCUAACUCAAGCUUUUGUCAUGCCAAUGACAUUGCUUUUGCAACAUGGAAUGUUCUUUUUAAAAUCGGUCGAUUUCGUCAAGUACAACAAUUUGAUCAUAAACUUUUUAUUCAACAUCUGCUUCACAUUGGUAUUGUAUCAAAUUGAAGCGUAA